UCAUCUGUAGUGAAGAUCACUGUAAAAGAGAAGAUUGAGUAACACCUGAUUUAGAUUUGAGACUUAAAAAAGAAAGUUAAAAUUAGUCAUUUCAGCUUUUCUGUUCUCAUUUCAUAAUACUUAAUAUUUUUCUAAAUUGAUUUAGGGAGUAGAAAUUAAAAUUCAGUGCCAUACCAAAAUAUGUGCUGAUAUUUGUCUUGGAAUUUUUUUUUUUUCAUAUGUGAGAAGAGAAGAGAGUAGAUAGCUAAGAGCUAUAGUUGUUCAUAAUGAAAUACACUAAAUGCAAUUUUAUGAUGUCAGUUCUUGGCAUUAUAAUCUAUAUAACUGAUUUAAUUGUGGACAUUUGGAUAUCUGUCAAAUUUUCCCUUGAAGGACAAUAUGUUUUUGGUGUUUUAACAUUAAGUUUUAUGCUUUUUGGAACACUAGUAGCCCAGUGUUUUAGUUAUUCUUGGUUCAAAACUGAUUUAAAGAAAGCAGGCCAAGAAAAUCAGCACUGUUUUCUUCUACUUCAUUGCUUGCAAGGAGGAGUUUUUGUAAGGUAUUGGUUUGCCUUGAAAAGAGGUUACCAUGUGGCUUUCAAGCAUAGUGGCAAAACUAAUAACUUCAUGGAUGAACAAAUUGAUUCAGAUAAAGAAGUUAUAGAUGCAGUGACUGAUCUGAGCAUGCUUAGACUCUUUGAGACUUACCUGGAAGGCUGCCCACAACUUAUUAUUCAGCUCUACAUCUUUCUGGAGCAUGGUCAAGCAAAUCUUAGUCAGUAUGCAGCCAUCAUGAUUUCUUGCUGUGCUAUAUCUUGGUCAACUGUUGAUUUUCAAGUAGAUUUAAGAAAAUCCUUGCCUGAUAAAAAUCUUCUAAAGGGAUUCUGUCCUAUAGCCACAUAUCUCCUUUACAAGUUGUGUACAUUAUUAUCUUGGAUGUUGAGUAUUGUACUUCUGUUGUUUAUAAAUGUCAAGAUAGCUUUAUUUCUGCUAUUAUGUCUUUGGUUGGUAGGCUUAAUAUGGGCAUUUAAAAAUAAAACCCAAUUUUGUAAUUCCAAAAGCAUGGAAUUCUUAUAUAGGAUUGUUGUUGGAUUUAUUCUGAUUUUUACAUUUUUUAAUAUUAAGGGACAGAAUACCAAAUGUCCAAUGUUUUGUUACUAUGGUGUGAGGGUACUGGCCACAUUGGGAAUAUUGAUUGUGUUCUGGGUUUACCCACUCUCUAUUUUUAAUUUAGAUUACUUUAUAGCUAUCAGUAUCACUAUAGUUCUUUCUCUUCUCCUUGGAAUUAUUUUUCUCAUUGUUUAUUAUAGGAUUUUUCACCCAAACAGAGGUAAAGAAACGGAAUGUGAUGAAAUUGAUGGAAAAUUACUCCAGAAAGAUUGUAGAAUGAGAUAUUUCCUCAUGGAAUGAACUAUCUAUGAGAUAUAAUUUCUCAUUUUUGUUUCAUUGGUUAGUAAAGAAAAUGUAUGUUUGAUGUGUGUGUCCUCUGUUAUUUUUGCCACCUUUAAUUUGAGGUUUAUUUUGGCACUUUAAUUCUGAACAUGAGAAAACAUAAUGAUAUUUUAUUAUUUAAAUUAA